AUGGCUGUUCCAGAACAAAUUAUACAAAUGGAUGGAUCUGCCAUUGAAACUCGUGACCAAAAAAGUGUGAAAUUCAGAGGCGGUCUCAGAUUUAUUUCCUCUUUACUGUUGCCACUUACAUUAGGCAUCUUUACUAUUGUGAUUACUUUUCAACAACAAACUGCAGCUAAACAACAACGUAAUGACGAUCGAGAGGCAGCGCAACAGCAGCGGGAUCAAGCAAGCAACCUAGAUAGUAAAAGAUAUCAAAACGAUCGUUUCGACGCUUAUAUUAAGGAAAUGGGUAAACUACUAAAGGAGAACCAUGGAGAAAUAAUAUCAAGUAAAGUCGCAAUUACGCUUGCUCGAGUUCAGACCCUGAAUAUCUUUCGUCAACUAGACGCGCAACGCAAUGUUCACAUUAUUCGAUUUCUCUACGAAGCGAAACAACUCACUGAUACACCGGAAAAUCGUUCACUCGAUCUUUCAACAGCAGAACUUAGUGAUAUUGAUUUCCGUGAAUCAUCUAUCAAUAAAAAAAUAUUGAAUAACCUAUCGUUGACCGAUAUUUUCCUAUCGAAUGCUACGUUUAUAGGCAUCACGAUGACACAUGUUAAUUUUGCUCUUACUCAGUUCAACACGGCUAAUUUUUUAUUAGCAGAGAUCAAUAAUGCCAAUUUUUCAUCUGCUGCCUUCAAUAAUACUAGCUUUGCAUCCACUUCUUUGUCCAAUACCAUUUUCGCUGGGGCUACAUUUAAAGAUGCUAAUUUUUCUUCAACUAAGUUUGUCAAAGUUAAUUUUUUAAAGACGAAACUGAACACGGUAUAUUUUUCAUCUGAAAAUAUUCAUGAUCUCAAUUUUACAUUCAGCUCCCUCGUCAAUGUUGAUUUCUCGUUCUCUGUGCUUUAUAAUGCUGAUUUUUCAUCCGCUUCACUUUCUAAUGUCAAUUUUUCACACGCGGUACUCUUCAAUGCCAUAUUCUCAACUGCGAUCCUCAAUGAUGUUGAUUUUUCGUCUGCUGAGUUGCGCAAGCCCGUUUUUUCAUACGCUCAGUUCAUGAAAGUUAAUUUUACAUCCACUCUUUUAAUUUUAGCCAUGUUCUACAAGGCCAAAAUAUCUAAUUCGAACUUUCACCAAUCCAGUUGUGUUACAUCUAGAUUCAAUUAUGCUGUGCUAUCCGAUUGUAACUUUGGCCACUCAAAUCUUAAGGAUGCUGUAUUCCAAGCAGCUACAUUGAAUCAAGUUAAUUUUUCUCGUGCUAACCUGUAUCAGACUACUUUCAUUAGUGCCAAUAUGGCAAAGAGUGAAUUGAAUAAUGCUCUCUCUAUUCAAGACACUGUAUUACCAAAUGGAAACCAUGCUCAUGAUGAGAACUUGAUCACAAAUGGCCAAGCUGAUUGUAAUAUUUCUCAUAUUAGUAGUUGGACAGUGAGCAAUGGUAAUAUCUCUUCGGUCAUAUCUAACAGCAGUAAUUCAAAUUGCCAGUUCACCUUACAAUCACUCUCUACUGGAGCUACUAUGUACCAGCGUGUCCGUUUAUCAGAUAAGUGGAAUUCAAAUUUGUGGACAUUUUCUGAAGCCGUACUAAGUGCAAAAAUGAGCACCGGCGUAUCGAUAGACCUAAAAGGAUUACACAAGAAUAAAUCAGUGUCUUCCAAAGAAACUUUAAGCUCGAAUGAAAAGCAAAUCAAUUUGCUUUUACACAAUAAUAUGUGGGAACUUGAAGUAUUUAUCCAGUUCAAUGCUACUACAAAUCAUAGCAAUAUGAGCAAUUACUGGUGUGAUGACAUCAAGCUCUACAUAAUCUAUGGAACAUAUUUCGAAUCAAUGCAAGUUAAUAUUCCUGCUAAUGCCACGUGGGUGCAGAAUGGUGUGACUAUUGCUGAAGGCAGCAAAGAGGAGGGGAAUGACACUAAUCAACUCAGAAACCCUUUUGGUAUCUUCGUUGAUGACGAUCAAACAGUGGUUGUUGCUGACUACGAGAAUCAUCGUAUCAUGCAAUGGAAGAACGGUAACACAACGAAUGGACAAGUUGUCGCUGGUGGCAAAAGCGAUGAAACUGGAUUAAAUCAAUUACAAUAUCCAACUGAUGUAUUAAUUGACAAAGAGACGGAUAGUCUCAUUAUUUGCGAUCGAGGGAAUCAACAAGUUGUACGAUGGUCUCGUCGUAGUGGUACAACACAAGGUAAAAUACUCAUCGACAACAUUGAUUGUUGGGGAUUAGUAAUGGAUGAACGGAGAUAUCUCUACCUCUCUGACUACGUAAAACAUGAAGUAAAACGAUAUCAAUUGGAUGAGAAGAAUGGCAUUCUCGUAGCUGGUGGUAAUGGCGAAGGGGAUGAACUCAAUCAACUCAAGUUUCCGACAUAUCUCUUUGUCGAUCGACAACAGAAUGUCUACGUAUCGGACAACGAAAAUCAUCGUGUAAUGAAAUGGAAUAAAGGUGCAAAAGAAGGUAUUGUGGUUGCUGGAGGAGAAGGCCUAGGGAAUGCUCUGACGCAAUUGAAUAGUCCCAAUGGACUCUUCGUCGAUACAUUGGGUACACUCUAUGUAGCAGACACGUUUAAUCAUCGUGUAAUGCGUUUGACUCAAGAAGCAAAACAAGGCACUGUAGUUGCGGGUGGAAAUGGCGAAGGAACAGAAGCAAAUCAAUUCAACGUCCCCAUUGGCUUGUCUUUCGAUCGACAUGGUAAUCUCUAUGUCGGCGAUCAUUGGAAUAAUCGUGUUCAACGAUUUUCUAUCAAAUAA